AUGGAUACUGAUAAUUAUGAUGGCAGUUGUGAUGAUGAAGUAGUUGGUACGGACAAGGUACUUGAAGGGCGUCACACUAAGAGAAAGAAAAUAAAAGAAUAUCUGCAGAAGCGGAAAGGAUAUAAAAGCAUGAAAAAUGCUUCGAAGCCAAAAGCUGAUGUGAAAUACAAUGCGGUAGCUUGGGACUACGGUGUUCAAAAAAAGAAAAAGCACUACAAGAAAAAUUCGAAGUCACGUCGAUCGCAGUCAGAAGCAUGUGGUUCAGGUCGUGCUGGCAUGGUUUCGUUUCAUAGCAGUACUGUUGCUUUCAAGGGUGGAGAUGAACCUGGUCGUCGCCAAACCAAUGAAGCUGAAAAAUCCACUGUUGCGAAAGGAGAGAUGGAUAAAAGCGGCUCUGAUACUUUAAACGGAAGUGACUAUGGAGAUGACAGCUGGCUUACAACACUUACAUCGUCAGAUGAGAAUGAAAUAGAGAAGCAAUGGUCUCCGGAAUCACCCCCACCAACUCUCGUGAUGACUGAUUUGUAUGAGCAUGAUUACGAUGACGAGAGCGAGAUAUCGGAUAAAAACGAGCCUGAAGAGAGCGAGAUAUCGGAUAAAAACAAGCCUGAAGAGAACGAGAUAUCGGAUAAAAACUAG